AUGAUGAUGGUGACGAUAGUGAGGCUAGGAGUGGAGAGGCUAGGAGUGGUGAGGCUAGGAGUGGUGAGGCUAGGAGUGGAGAGGCUAGGAGUGGUGAGGUUAGGAGUGGAGAGGCUAGGAGUGGUGAGGCUAGGAGUGGAGAGGCUAGGAGUGGUGAGGCUAGGAGUGGAGAGGCUAGGAGUGGAGAGGCUAGGAGUGGAGAGGCUAGGAGUGGGAGUGAGGCUAGGAGUGGAGAGGCUAGGAGUGGAGAGGCUAGGAGUGGGGAGGCUAGGAGUGGGAGUGGAGAGGCUAGGAGUGGAGAGGCUAGGAGUGGUGAGGCUAGGAGUGGAGAGGCUAGGAGUGGAGAGGUUAGGAGUGGUGAGGCUAGGAGUGGAGAGGUUAGGAGUGGAGAGGCUAGGAGUGGAGAGGCUAGGAGUGGAGAGGUUAGGAGUGGUGAGGCUAGGAGUGGAGAGGUUAGGAGUGGAGAGGCUAGGAGUGGAGAGGCUAGGAGUGGUGAGGCUAGGAGACACCUAUAGGGUCAUCUAG